UUCGUUUGACUGAAGGGCCGCCCGCACGCAUCAAGCAGCCAUGAGACUCGUUCGUUUGUGCCUUCUUCUAGCGCUGCUCUUCCACGCGGCGUCUUCGUGGUGGAUUUUUUCUUCUCGUUCCUCAUCAUCGUCGCCGGGACCCCCUAGUGCGGAAACAACGUCAGCGAUAGCCAGUAAAACGCCAUUUGAAAUCCGAGCUGCUGAAGACAAGUUUCUAGCACAAGCACAAUCCUAUUUGGAGUUACCACCACUUGAUGGGUGUUUGCACAAGGUGGUUGCACGACUGAGGAAAGCGUGUGCUGAAAUAGGAGAGGAGGAUUUAGCGAAGUUUAGCGUUCAGCUGUUGAACUGUCAGUCUGAAGCGGAGGGUAGACAACAGUAUACGUGCACUGACCAGAUGACGGUUGCAGAAUGCACCAAAGAGAUGGAUUCCAAUACCUGGAACGCGUAUCACAUUGUCAGCAACAGAGCGAGAUCUGUUUGCUACGCCACAAGACAAAAGCAGUUUCAGAUGAGGACUGAAUUGACGGUCAAUCAUCUUGCCAACUCUGCAGCUGAACAGAUCGGAACAAUGGAGACUAUUAAGGAAGGACAAAAAAUAAUAGAAAAGACGGCGUCAGAUACUCUUGAAGUGAUGACAGAAGGACAGCGCCAACUCAUUGACCAACAGACUACACUCAAACAAAAGCAAACCGAAAUCACCAAAGCUGUAUCCAUGAACCUCCAGCGUCUCAAUCACGAAAAAAGCGUCAUAGCAUCAGGACAGCAACAGCUCGCCUCAAUGACUGAAGACAUCAGAGCGAGACUGGAGAACACAAGCAAACAACUAGAAAGCCAAAACGAAGACAGACGCCUCAACCACGUUGAACUACUCCAAGACAUCACCAGAAUCCAAGACAAAGCCAAGGACGUGUGGGAAAAAAUUGAUCAUAGUACAAAUGAAAUACUUCGAAGGCAUAGCGACACUCUCGUGCAGUAUCACGAUAUGGUCGGUAGCCUACAACGAAUGAACGAGACCAUCAACUACCUGCUUCGUUUAGUCUCCGAGCUUCAGCUGACGGUCGACAAUCAGAUCGGCUGGUUGGCGGAUCAAAUCGGCGGAACCGGAGAUCAGAUUGGCGUCAUUCUGUCGUGCAUACAGCAUGCAGGCUACCUGUUUGUCGCCAUGAUAUGUCUUUUGUUUAUUCACGCUCCCGUCGCCACUCGUCUCGUUCUUCUCGCGUCGGUGUCACUGAAUACGGUCGCCGAAAUCAAGUCGUUUCCUUACAGAAUGGAUUUGAGACAAUUGACCGCGUUUCUGGCUGUUGUGCUGAUACUGAAUUGGACUCUCGAUUUGCUCAACAAACGGCAACGGUUCCGACUCUUCGGCGGAGUCGCUCUUCAGUCUCGUUCCAUCGACUGCGAUGUGAGCAACUCGUCGAGCGUUGAGAGCAAAGUCAAGCAACGCCUUUCGGACGUUACUUCUACGUUUGUCGUCUCUCGACCUGUUCGUGACGACAACGGCGGUCGAAAGUUUUCAGACACCAGUCAGUCAUCGCCCGACAACUCGAUCACGUGUCAGGACUGUUCCGACGAGACGAGUGAAGCCGUUCUGCCCGCGUCGAAUGUGAGGAGUUGCACGGCACCCGGUACGUCGCCGUUUCUUGCGUCGAACUAUCCGUCUGUGGCCGUCGUAACGCCCUUAAGAAAGAGAGUCAAACCGUCGACUCCUCUGUCGAGCACACCCGACACGCCGAGUCGCUGCCGCGGUAUCACAAAGUCUGGUUUGCGAUGUCGUGUGGCCAAAGUCGCUGGCAGCGAAUUCUGCAAACGGCACAAGUCUACUGUUUUAUAGAGACGGGACAAAGGCUAGUAACUUGUUUGUAGACACUAUUUCAGGAAGGUUUGCAAUAGACAUAGAUGCGUGUAGUUGAGUGAGUAGGUAACACGUAUCGAUACGGUUUAGUAGGACCAAUGCAUGAUUUCAAGCUACUUAUCGCUCUUGUCACUGCAUUUGUUACGUCGAGUAGCUUUCUAACAUGCUACGGUUGCAUAGAAAUGUAUCGGUAUGCAUG